AUGAAGCCAAUCUCUGCCUCUCUGCUUGCGGUGUCUUUGAGUGUUGGCUUUGCCAAUGCUCAAGGUACGAGAAUUUCUACCGUCACAAGCACCACAACUCUGUCCACGCAAACCAUCUCCAGCUGUACUUUGCCGGGCAGCCCUACUACUGUCACCCGUACUCAUACUGUCCAGACAGUCUCCAGCUGCCCUCCUUCCGGCAGUCCAACCAACAAUCCCGGCAAUCCUAACAACAACCCGGGCACUCCUGGCAGUCCUGCCAACCCUGCCGACCCUGGUACCGGCGAUAGUGUUCCGUCAACCUUGACUAUCAUUGUCACCCCAACUUCUUCUCCCGGGCCGAACCCAUCGCCCACUGGGUCUCCGGGUCCGAAAAACCCUGCCAAUCCUGGUACCGGCAAUAACGUCCCGUCCACCUUGACUAUCAUCGUCACCCCAACCUCUUCUCCUGGGCCGAACUCAUCACCCACUGGGUCUCCAGGGCCAAAUGACCCUGCCAGCCCUGCCAGCCCUGGCAACCCAGGCAACCCAGGCAACCCAGGCAACCCAGGCUCGGGCAACACUGGCGGUGGCAAUCCAGGCAACCCCGGCUCGAACAAUGAUAAUGGAGGGGGCAAUCCUAGCACUCCAGGCGGUGACAAUCCUGGUGGCAAUCCUGGUAACCCAGGCUCAAACAAUGGUGGCGGCAGUCCUGGUAGCUCAGGCUCAGGUAACACCGGUGGUGGCAACCCUGAUGGCAGCCCUGGCACUCCCAGCUCGAACAAUGGCAAUAGUGGCAGCAGUCCCGGCACCCCGGGCGCAAGCAAUCCUAUUGGCUCAGGCACCGGUACUGGCAGCUCUACCAUCCCCGGCUCGAAUAACAACAAUGGUGGGAGCCCGGGCUCUGGUACAGGAGACGUUAACCCUUCAAGCAAUGGCUCAGGAAGCGGCAACCCCUCGGGCAAUGGCUCAGGAAAUGACAGCCCCUCGGGCAAUGGCUCAGGAAAUGACAGCCCCUCGGGCAAUGGCUCUGCCUCUGGCUCUGCCUCUGGCAAUGGCUCUGGCAAUGGCUCUGGCAAUGGCUCUGGCAAUGGCUCUGGCAAUGGCUCUGGAAAUGGCUCGGCCAAUGGCUCUGGCUCUGGCAAUGACAGUGGCUCAGUAGAUCCAUCUGAUGGACAAGGCAGUGGAACCCCUACCGCUUCAUCCACCAUGGCGGUCUACACUGGCGCAGCAAACCAAGGCUCCGCGCCUCGAAUUGUCUCGGGUCUGCUUCCAGCUCUCUUCUUCUACGUCGUUCAGUUUCUUUGA